AUGUACCGUCAAUUUUCUUCGAGAAUAUGGAAUGCGUCCAGAGCUAGUCAGCUUUCUUUUCAGAAGAUGACGCACUACGGUAGAUGCCUCGUGCCCAUGACCUCAGUAUUUCAGUUGGGACUAGUCUCCCUGAUCCUGCCCGUCUCUUGGUCCGCUCCAGAAAAAUCGGCAAAGUCUACGUUUCUGACGGUUAUAAUCUUGAAGCAUCCAGUCCAGUCAAAAUACAUGGCUGAAAGGAUAAGCCCGACACCGCAUCCUCAAGUACGGGCCCUGAACGGCAUUAGUCGAUGGGUGUUCAAAGCUCGAAAGGCUUACAAUAUCCGGAAUUUCAUGGAGGAGGAAAAUGUGAUGGGAAUUUCGGCGGCAAGCAGUGUUCAAGAAUACAUAUGA